AGCUUAAGGCUCCUUGUGUCUUUCUGCAGGUUAUUUGAAAUUGAACUCAAAGAGUAGAAGACAGACACCAUGUCAAACAAAUAUAAUUUGAAGUGGAACUCUCAUCAUGCCGAAACCCUGCAAAGCUUUGAGAAUCUCCGUCACAGGGAGAUGUUUGUGGAUGUGACAUUAUCCUGUAAUGGGCAGUUCUUAAAAGCCCAUAAACUGGUGUUGUGUGCAGGGAGUGGGUAUUUUGAGCGAGUCCUCAACAAGGAUGGACUGGGGACUCCCACUGUUCAUUUUUAUGGAGUGGACAUGCAUUUGCUCAAGCUGCUGGUGGAAUUUAUGUACUGUGGUGAAGUUGAAGUCCCAGAUGUGGACCUAGAGAAGUUCAUUGAAGUUGCAGAAAACCUGGAAGUGAAGGGGCUCAAAGGAGAUAAAGCAAAAAGCAGCACAUCACAUGGUGUUGUUGGGACCACCAUCCCUGUCUCAGAUGUUCAGGAUGCUCUGGCUCAUAAGAGAAAGAGUACUGGCCAUUCUUGGCUAGGACUAGGAGAAAUGCAACACUCCCCAGCCAAAAUGGCCAGAUCUCGUGCUCUUGUUCCCCGAGCCAGGUCACAAAUGGCCACAUCACAUCUUCAGCAAUCUGAGGCAGUGGCAUCCCCAUCUCAAGUACUUCAGAGCCAAUCUGAACCAAGUAUGAGUACAUCCACUGAUGAAAUUGUGAUUAAAGAUGAGACUAAAGAGGAGGAACUGGAUGAUAUACAUGAUGUGAUGGAUUCUGGUUCAGUGGCUACUGAAGAAGGUCAAUGGGAUGAGCAAGCCUCAUAUUCUGUGGAGGGAAUGGAAGGAGAGCCUGAAAUGCCCAUGAAUAUUCCUCCAGAAGUCGACCCACAGACGAUGUGCCGAAUUCAAAGAUACGUGUGGUGUGGACAGAUCUCGAGCUUCAACCGCAGAAUCCACUUCUGUGGCCUGUGUCCAUACGAGAACUACAAUAAAUCCAAAGUUGUGAGGCAUUCUCGCACACACACCAAUGAAAGGCCUUACCAGUGUCCAAAGUGUGGCAGGAAGUUUGCCCAAUCACAAAAUCUCCAAUAUCAUCUGAUGGUGUUCCGUGUCCAGAAAUUCCUUUGGUGGGGAAGAAAAGCAGACAUGAAGAAGCUGUACUUCUGUUCCUUCUGUUCAUACACAUCAUCUCACAAGCACAAUGCCAUCAAGCAUAUUCGAAGUCACACCAAGGAGAAGCCAUUCCAGUGCCCAAUUUGUUGGAAAACCUUUGCCCAAUCCCCCUCACUGCAAAAUCAUCAGGUCUUGGCCCAUGGUUCUGUGACAUUUGCAAAUUCGGAUAAGAACUUGUGA